GCAUUCAACACGGCAUGACAGUUUUACUGAGUUUGUGGUUCCGUGCGUUGCGUUUCUUUAAAAGUUGUUUCAGGAAUUUGGAAACAUGGACGUAUUUCAGAAAACCGGAGAACAGUAUCCCAAUAUAUAUGACAUUCCUUAUUAUAACAUGAUCAAGAUGUAUUUAAGAUUUUUGGGCCUAGAUCCACACCAAAAAUAUGGAUUGAUCAUUGUAGCUAUAAUGGUGACUAGUAUGACAAGUGUACUUAUUCCAAUGUCAAUCGUAUUGUACGGAUCAUUAUGCACCAAGAAUCUGGACAUGGUGCUCGAGUGUUUGCCGCAUUUAGGUGCUCUUUUGACCAGUUUUGUUAAAGUAUUGAAUGUUCAUCUCAACAGAGAAAAUUUUAAAAAAUUGUUCGAUUCCAUAACGAAAGAAUGGCAGCAGCUGAAAUUAAGUCAAGAUUUGUACAUUCUGGAAGAAGUCACCAUACGAGGCAGCAAAAUGGCGAAAUUGUAUCGAAAUACUUUAUUAAUAUGUAUGGUACUCUUUUUACUCAUUCCACUGAUUUCUCCUAUGUUGGAUAUCGUUCUUCCACUAAACGAAACUCGACCACGACAACAACUUGUUAAUGUUAAUUACGUGCUUUUUGACAGCGAUAACUAUUUUUUCUACGUGUACUUACAGCUAUCUUGGGCUUCAGUUGUAGUUUCGAUAAGCAUAGUUACCGUAGAUUCCUUAUUGAUGCUUUUAGUUCACCACAAUAGUGGACUAUUUAUAGUAUGUGGGCACCAAAUCCAGAAGAGUACAAGGCACUUAAAUUCAUUCACUAAUGAAGUUAUGUCGGAACGUUACACAUACAAACAGAUCAGAAAUUGCGUGAUCAUGCACAAUAAAGCCAUAGACUUUUACGAUAUAUUAGAUGAAAACAAUCGAAUUAGCUAUAUGAUUCAAAUUGGACUAAAUAUGAUUGGUAUAACCACGACAGCUGUUCAAACAGUCAUUAACUUAGAUAGACCGGGAGAAUCAAUUAAAAGCGCUGUGCUAUGCGGUGCUAAUCAAUUUCAUUUGUUUAUGCUGAGUUUACCUGGACAAAUACUUAUAGAUCAUUGCACCGAGCUAACGAAGCAACUAUACAAUUCUACAUGGUAUGGAGUACCAGUAAAAACUCAAAAAAUGCUUUACAUGAUGCAAAUAAGAACUAGAAGCCCAUGUACACUAACUGCGUGUGGAUUGUACCAAAUGAACAUUGAGAACUUUGGAACUACCUUCAAAACCUGCAUGUCGUAUAUUACGAUGAUAAUGUCAUUAAAAGGAUGAAGUCCACUGUUACCUCUAUAUCCGUUGCAUUUUAUACUUGGACUGAGUAAGCAUGAAGAUGAUAUAAUAAUCGAUAUAAUUGUAUGUCAUUAUAUCGAACGAGCAAAUAGUGUUAAUAAAUCACGAUGAUUAGUUGAUAUACUGUAAUUCGCAAGUAAUACUGUGUACCUUCCCAAAAAUUACUGUACUGGAUCUUUUUAACUAUCGCCAAAAGCACAAUGUGUGUAUGUAUACACGUUUACUAACGUCAUCCAGGUAAACCGAUAUGAUACAAGUACUCAAUUAAAUCAAGCGAGUAAUAAUUAUUUUUUUAUAUUCUGCAUCACAUAAACAACAUCACUGCACAGUUAUAUCGGAAAACACUGCAAACAAAAACAUAAUGGCCCUGGUAGAAAUUCGAACUACUUCACUGAGCAGUUACCUGUUUAUCAGCGAACGCGUAUGCAGUGCAAUGUGUAAUCAAUAUUUCAGAACAAUUACAGCUCUUGAUCUUUCAAGGAAAUCGACAGAUGGCACGACAAUGGCGUACGUGUCAUUUUUUACCUACUAUGUGGUUCGGACCGUACUUUGAACCUGCUUUAAAAAUAA